AUGCCAAACUCUUCUUUAACUCAUAAAUCUGAGCCUUCGGAACCUCAGAGCACCCUGGUACACUCCAGGAAUCUCUCAACGGUUUCCAGCGUUACGUUGCACACCAACACCACACUUCACUCACAACCAUAUGAACCACUGCUUCGUCCCAUAUCACCUGGAUCCGGAGAAUAUUACGACGUCGUGUCUCAUCAAUCCAGACAAUCUGACAGGGUUCUGUCGCUUCCUCGCUGGUCGCAGUCCAACGUAAUCUCUCGAAGCGUCUCUGUGAUAGACGAAAAGAAGUCGUUCUCCGACAGGAAACCUCAGAGGCGCCGUGCUGUAAUGCGGUGGAGUAAAAACACUCUCCAACUGGUAAUGGCUGCCUGGGCAAUAUACAGCACAGUGCGAUACUUCAUUGCGUUCACAGUCUAUCAAAGUAUCACAGGCCAGGCCGUCUCCUUGGCUCUGGGCACCGCAACAGGCUUAUCGUUUGCGUUUGCUUCUUGUGCAAGCAUACUGUGGACUGGACAAACAUAUUUACUCAUUCACGGAUUCUCGGUACAGGCUCUCAUGACGCUGCGUCGAACCCUGCAUUUUUUAUCGUCGUGUUGUCUCUUUGGGCCAAGCGUUGUCAAUCUUGUGCUCGUGUUUCUUUGGAAGAAGCAUAUUGACUUAGAACUGCAAGUUCGGUACAGAUGCAAACUUGACGUUGACCUUGUAUGGUCUGUCAGAGAGUCCUUGUGUAACCAUAGAACGCCUAUCAUUGUUGCUUUCCAUCUUAUCGCAUCGUCCGCACAAUUUACUCCUUCUCGAAAGCCAACUAAACCGCGCCAUUUAAAGGGUAAAAAGUCACAUAUUCGCCUAGAAUCCGGUCCAUCACCGUUUCUACCACCGAGUACGCACAUAAGUCCACGCGACCAUAUCCUCCAACAUCAGUCCUCCGAAGUGACCCUGUCUGGCAAAUCAUCUCCCCGAAAUCGCCUUCACCCAAGUCGAUCUCAUUCGUCUACCUUUUCUGAGCAGGGGGAUGCACCAAGUUAUCACAAAGAAUUUAUUCCAAUGAAUAAUGAACAACAGGAAGGCGACCAAGAAAUGACAGGCUUCGCUGAUCGUUUCCGCCUCCUCAUAUCUCAGAUUACGCGGGAAACAGAAGAAGCUUUGGCAUUUGCUCGCUCGGACGAUGCUACAUCCUCACAAAUCAGCGCAGAAUCCCCUCCUCCACCGCAUCCACACGACGGUCCCGACGAGGAUAUAGAAUACGCGCAUGAUCACCACGACUACCAUUAUGAUGAAGACGAUGACUUCUAUUCCUCAUCUCCUGAGCAUAAUGUUUCGCACAGCGAUUAUCACCAAGCAUAUCCCGCAGAGGAACAUAUACGAAUGCUAAAUGGAUAUAUCAGGCGUAUGCCCACCAUUGAAUCUAUGGGGUCCCGUGAAUGGAGAAGUAGCGUUGGCGCAUCGAGUCAGAACACAAAUCGGGAUCGGACAGGGACAAGCAGACCUCCAACGCGUGGGGCCAGACUUUCAUGGGCAGGAACGGAGUUGUCCAACAGCAGCGAACCUCGUAGUCAGUCGAACAGUCUGGCCGCUCAAGCAGAGCUUCUGGCUGGCAUGUUUUCAAAGGCACAUACCACAGAAAUCGGAGAACUCGUCCGACGAGGAGAAACAAUCCGGAUGGUCGAUAACCAUUCCGCUAACGAGGGUAGUUCAAUUGGCGAUGCGGUUGCUGAAGCGUCAGUAGGCUCCGGAAGCCUUGGAAAUGCCAGUUCAUCGAACUCUUAUCACACAGCAAGUACUGUUAGUUCCUUGUCGUCUGCCCUGGCGGACGCAACUGACUCUCCUCUACCUACGCCACCACGCAUCAGCGGUGAACUGCCGCCCAUUUCGAGCACUGAUUCCAGUAAAAAACAUUGA